GAUAAAUAAACACAAAACGGUUUUGAUCUCUAUUGAAUUUGUAAAAUUCAGAAAAACAGUUUAAGUAAAACUAAUACAAUUUACAUCAAAAUAUUUUUUUUCUUAUAUUAAUUAAUUCUGUUUACUUCACAAGUGUUAUAUUGAUGCCAUGGCAAAAUUAGAGUCUACCACAAGAAAUGUUGAUUGUCUUAAUGUCGAUUUUAUGCGAUCUUUAGUAAAACAGUACUCUGAGUUGGGUCAAUGGACAAGUGCAUUUUUCUGGGCAGAUGCAGCAGCAGCAUCAAGUGGUUCUGCAGUGUCAAGUGGAGAUGACAUAUGGUUGUUAGCCAGUGCUAUGCUAGCUCGGGGUGAGCUGCAUCGAGCUGCACACGCUGUCACUUCUAGAGGAUUGCAUAGGAGGCAUCUUCUAUGUCUUGGUGUUGCAAUGCGGGCUUACCUAGCAGCCAAGGAACCCACCACCACUCUAAGCAUACUUGAGGAGUGUGAUCCUGCUCUACUUGACCCGAGAAGUAUGGACCAAACACACAAUAGAGCCUUAGCUGGUGUACUAGUCUGGCAAGCCAGGGCGUUAUCCUCAUUGGAACGACGUGAAGCUGCUGCAGAGGCAUUGACAGCGGCUUUAAGGGCUGACUGUGCUUGCUAUGAGGCCCUUGAUCUAUUGCUCGAGCAGCAUGCCCUUACACCUAGUCAAGAGAGCGAGCUGAUCGAGUCCCUGCCGAUCAACAACCAGAUGAGCGCGUCCGAGGCGUCCCUGCUGCGCGCCGCCUUCCGCGACCGCCUGCGCAGGUACGCGCCGCUGCCCGCGCAGAUGAACGACGACGGCAUGAAAUCCGCCGUGGACGCAGCGCGCUCGCGCAGCGCGGCGGCGGCGGAGGCGCGCGGGCGGCGGCUGGCGGCGGGCGGCGCGUGGGGCGCGGCGCUGCGCGCGCUGGACGCGGCGGGCCCGUGGGGCGGCGCCGACGUGCGCGCCGCCUGCCUCGUGGAGCUGCGCCGCAGCGCCGAGCUGUUCGCCUUCGCGCACGCGCUCGUCGACGCCUACCCGCAGUCCUGGACGGCCUGGUACGCGGUGGGCUGCUACUACUACCUGAUCGGGAAGAUGGAGUUCGCGCGGCGCUACCUGAGCAAGGCGUGCGGGCUGGAGGCGGGCGCCGGCUGCGUGUGGCUCGCCUACGGACACAGCUUCGCCGCCGACAACGAGCACGACCAGGCCAUGGCCGCCUACUUCAAGGCGAGUCAGCUGAUGCCGGGCUGCUACCUGCCGCCGCUGUACGUGGGCGUGGAGUGCUCACUACUCAACAACGUCAGCAUGUGCGAGCGCUUCAUGGCCCGCGCUGCAGCGCUACACGGGAACGCUGAGGCGGGCGAGGCGGGCGAGGCGGGCGAGGCGGACGCGGACGCGGCGGGCUGGGAGCGCAUCGCGCGCGUCGUGUCGUCGCCGCACGUGGCGCACGAGGCGGGCGUGGCCGCCUUCGCCGCCAACCGGCCCGACGCGGCGCGCGCGCUGUGGCUGCGCGCGCUGGCCGCCGCCGGGCCCGCCGACCAGCUCAGCCCGUGCUGGGCCGCCACCAUGGACGCGCUGGGCCACGCGUGCCGCGCGCUGGGCCGGCCGGGCGAGGCGCUGCGCUGGCACGCGCGCGCGCUGGCGCUGCGGCCGGCGCGGGCCAGCUCGCUGGCGGCGCGCGGCCUGUGCCUGGCGCUGCUGGGCCGCGAGCCCGACGCCGCCGACGCGCUGCACGCGGCGCUGGCGCGCGACCCCGACCACGUGGUGGCGCUGGCGCUGCUCGACGCCAUCGUCGACCGCCUCGACGCCGCGCUCACGGAGGAAGAAAUUCCGCAGUUCCCGUUCCCGGCAGUGACUCUUGAUCCACCACCCGAGCGCGACCACUCCGACCACCAGUCUGACCACCACGCAGACCAAACCGACCGCGAUGUUUCCGAUAUGAGCAUGAGUUUCGACUGAGUAGUCGUAUAAGAACAAGCAUAACCGAACUCUAAAGCUUAAAAUAUCUAUUAGCCUAUUCCAAUCGGGCAAAGAUAAACAAACGACUUUACUAAUAUCUCUGCUAUUUUUAUACAGUGCAAGUCUUGUAACUAUUCCACUAUAGUAUAGGAAGUACUAAUUUCACCGAAAAUUUCAAUUCCAUCCCAAAUAUUUAAAAUCUCAAAUAUCGCGCCAAUUUAAUGUCCCAAAGUUGUUUAUUUAUGUUUUGUUGGAAUAGGCUGUAAAUGAUACAAUAUGGCCGGAAAAACCAGCGAAAACUACCAAAAUAAUAAAAAAAAUCAAGUUAGUCCGCUUCUAAAGUUCUCAAAAGUUGCGUAGCACGAAAAGCAAUAAUUAUGUAUAAUUUUUAUAAACUAUUUAAGCUUGUACAGUGUACAUUGUGAACUUGAAAUAAAUGUUUUAUAUACA